GAAGCGCUCACCAUCUAUCUGACGCGACCUUGGACGUGGAUGGCGCUCGUUCCACCUCACUGCUGAUACCAAAGCCGCUUCGAGCCCUAUACAGACUCUGCAGAAUAUAUCAAUCGCGCAACGGUCUUCUCUUCUUCUUGGCGCACACCUGACCGAGCACCGAAGAAGACGCGCCGACGCGCCCGCGGCCCGCCUACAUAGUACAGCACGCGGGUACGCGCCUUCGAUGGCAGACUUAUCGAGGGGCCACUCCCAUGCAUUCGCGUUUUGAAGCCGAGACUGAGAAGCAUCCCACUUCCGCUCGACACAUAAGAGGAGCGCGUCGAAUAUAUGCGUCCACAUUCGACCCUCUCGGAGUCCGAUCAGCCAAGUUCAAGACACCACAUGCUCCGCCACAGUUGCGCGGGACCCACGCGUCGCGCAGACGAAGGCGUCGACCUUCACUGGCUCGAUGGAUCUGCUCCAUCCAGUACGCCCGCUGGGACGGCGUUUGGCCUCCCGUGGUCGCAGGGCGAGAUUGACCGCACGACCGCGUUAGCAGCGACGACCUCUUCGGGAGGGAUACCGCUGCAGAGCUGGCCGCUCGCAUACUGGCCCGACGGGUCGCUGAAGUGGACCGGACAUGCGCUUGCAGCCGACUCUGGGCUGACGGACUCCGUUCACGUUGCGCCGGGAACACCCACGGAGCCAGCUGACCCUGUCAGCGUCAAGCAGACUGGCUCGACUAUCACAGUUACCGCUGGAUCAUUCACAGCUACCUUCAACAAACACGGCUCCACCCUGAUACAAACACUCGCCCUCUCCUCGUCUCAAAAAGCCCACUCGGGGACGCUCGUCGCUCAUGUCCAGAGUGCGCCAGAUGAGCCCGAACUUGCGGGGUCGAAACCGUCUGUUCAAGCAUUAACCGGGAAUAUCGAAGCUGUGACGGUGGAACAAGACGGGCCUGUGCGAGCUGUAAUCAAGAUCACCGGAAAGUACUCUGGAGGAGGACACAAAGCAUUCCUUCCCUUCAUUUCCCGCUUCUACGUUACCGCAGGAUCCACCGCCGUGCGCCUCGUCCAUUUCUUCAUUUACGACGGCGACCAGAACGCAGACUUCAUCAAAGGCAUAGGCCUCCAAUUCGCCGUGCCGCUCUCCGACCCGCUCUACUCGCGCCACGUUCUCUUUUCCACCGCCACCGGAGGGCUCUUCGCCGAGCCUGUCCGCGUCCUCUCCGGCCUGCGCGUCGACGCCACCGCCGCCGUGCUCGCACCGCAGUUCAAUGGUCAGCCUGUACCCGACUCGUCGACGUGGCCCGCGACAGUGCAGAACGAGGUCGGUAUGCUCCCGGUAUGGGCCGACUUCAGCUUGGAUCAACUGAGCAGCGAACACUUCGAGAUUUCCAAGAGGCAGCCGCGAUAUCCCAGGACGAACGCAGGCCGGAAAGUGACGUUCCUCUCGUCGCCCACGGGCAACUCCGCCGCCGCGUCCGGCACGCGUGCGUCGGGCGUCGGGUUCCUUGGUGGCGCGUCGGCGGGCGGCGUGCUCUUCGCCUUCAAGGACUUCUGGCAGGGCGCUCCCAGGAGCAUCGACGUUCGCAGCGCGGGCGGUGACUCGCAGAAUAACGGGGGGACUGGGAACACGGACGAUGCGACAGUUACGCUGUGGGCGUACUCGCCGAAGGCGCCGGCUAUGGACAUGAGGAGCUACGACACCGUUGCUCAUGGCCUGGACCUGACGUACGAGGAUGUGGGCGAUCCAGACCCUAACCCGACGGGCGUUGGACGUUCGUACGAAGUGACGCUGCAAAUCCUACCAGCAGUUCCCAGCAGGGACAGUGUGGCGACCCUCGGCAAGGACAACGUCGCAACCACCCAGCUCGUAGCAUCGCCUGAGUUCUACGCCUCGAUGCAUCUCUUCGGUGGACGCUGGAAUGUGCCUGACACGUCUAAUGCCACCCUCGCCGCCGUCGAAGCGCGCAAGUCAGCUCUCUUGGACUUUUACGUCCAAGAAGUCGAGCAGAGGCAGUGGUACGGCUUCUGGAAUUACGGCGACGUCAUGCACACGUAUGAUCAGACGCGACACGUGUGGAGGUACGAUGUCGGGGGCUAUGCUUGGGACAAUGCGGAGCUGGGCACCGAUCUGUGGCUAUGGAUGUCUUUCCUCCGUACCGGCCGCGCAGACGUCUUCAAGCUCGCGCACGCAAUGACGCGCCACCUCUCCGAGGUCGACUUCCACCACAUCGGCCCCUUCGCUGGUCUAGGUUCUCGUCACCAUGUCACGCAAUGGGGCGACGGUGCCAAGGAGACGCGCAUGUCCGCCUCGACGCUCAAGCGCCCGUUUUACUAUCUCACGACAGACGAGCUCAUCGGCGACCUCAUGGACUUCUCGCUCCAGGCCGAUCAGACCGUCGUCACCUGGGAACCUCUGCGCAAGGUCGACACCGGCUUCCCGUUCACGACGCCCGGGCGGCUGCGCAUAGGCCCGGACUGGACGGCGCUGUGCGGGAAUUGGUUCGUCAAGUGGGAGCGCACGAACGACGCCAAGUGGCUGGACCGGAUGAAGACUGGGAUGGCGAGUGCGCUCAAUGAUAUUGCAGGCUUUCAAUACGGACUAUUCCAAGGAUACACGGCUGCUGUCGGGUGGGACCCUGCCACUGCUCAUCUCACCCCGCUCGGUGGCUCGCUCACCGCAACGUACCACUUGUCGAUGGUAUUCGGGGGCGGAGAAAUGCUCAUUGAGCUGAUGGACCUCAUCGGCGACCAAGUGCCCAAGUUCGACGCCGUCUGGGUUGACUUUUGUCGCUACUACAACGCAUCUGCUGCAGACAAGAUCGCCAAGUACGGCCAGAACUUCAACAGUGGGGGUUUCACCCAGUGGUAUAUGAAGCUCCAAGCUUAUGCCGGCGAACGAUUGAACGAUACGUCGCUUCAGCAAGCCGCCUGGACGAUCCUCGUGAACAACAAAGUGGGCGUAUGGGCACCCGUGCAGAGCAUUGGCGGGUCGGACGUCGUCAACCCCAUACAAGAGAUCCCUAAUCUCGCCACGAACGACUCGGCAGGCUUGUCUUUAGCAGAGUACGCCGUGGUGGCGAUCGCUCCCACGCUUGCGCCCGCGAGCUUCACGAGUGCGUCGGCGGAGUCGGCCGACGAAAAAGUCAAGGAGAAGUCGAAUUGGGACACGUCGACGCUCGGCGGUAUCUCCACGGAUGGGGAUGGCAAAACGAAGAUGACCAAGGGCAAGCGGGGGAUCAGGGCGAUCCUGAAGAAGGCCGUUUGUCUGCAAUAA